AACUCCUUCUUCUGUUGUUUCCCCAUUUCCUGUUAUGAUCAGUCACACCGGUGUUAUAUUUCUUAUUAGAGUCCUUAUUUAAGUUCCCUGUGUUCCCUCUUUUUUUGUCGGUGCAUUAAGUUUGAGUUUGAGUUUGUGUUUGUGUUUUUGUGAUUAGUGAGAUUUUGGUUAUUGUUUGCCCCGUGUUUAGUUUUAGGGUUUUCGCACAAUAAGAUUUUCAUUUACAUUUAUUCAGUUCUCUGCAUGCAGAUUUAUUUUAUAUGCCGUGUGCACUGAACUGAACUGAACUGCAGGAUGGAAUUGUUAAUUAUACAUUGCUAAUUCUUUAAUUUAGCCAUUAGGAUUGUCUAUAUUCAGAUAUUCACCAGUUAAAGUUCACUGUGUGUUUCAUAAAAUAUAAUAUCACCAGCAGGUCUGGUCCCAGUCACUGUAUCCGUCCUGAGAACCGUCCCUCACAAUUAUAACCUGAUGAUGACACCGGUGACCUGGCCUGUUGCACAGAAUUACUGCAGGGUGAUGUACACUGACCUGGCAACCAUCCUAAGUGAUACUGAUUGGCUACGAUUUGAGAAAGAAGCAGCAAGUAAAGGUCUGACAACAUCUGCCUGGGUCGGAUUGUACAAAGACAUCAAUAGCUGGCGCUGGUCCUUAAACGAUCUCCCACUGACAAGUGUCACUUAUACCAAUUGGGGCACUGGACAGCCUGAUAAUGCUGGUGGAAAAGAAGCAUGUGGUCUAAUAGGUUACCUUAAUUCAUGGUGGGAUGAACAAUGUACACUACUAAACUCCUUCAUAUGCUACAAUGCUAAUUUCAGUGGUGCUGCCAGGUUCAUCGGCAUCAGUAGUCCUCUGCUGACCUGGACUCAAGCUCAAACUUACUGCCGAACACAUCACACAGACUUGGCCAGCUCUCUGAACAGCUCAGACGACGACAUGUUACUGCAGGUGAAGAAUAUCCAGGGUGAUUCCUGGAUUGGGCUUUACAAAGACACUUGGAAGUGGUCAGACGGGACCAACGCUUCAAACAUCCCAUGGGCUCCUGGACAACCUGAUAAUGCUGGGGGUUACGAGGACUGUGCAGUGGUUAAUAACGGACUGUUCUACGAUGAACAAUGCACCAACCUGCACUCUUUCUUCUGUAACACCAUUUACCCAGCGAGGGGUCAGAUAAUGAGACUGCAGGUGAAGUCUGAUGGGAGUGUGUUUGAUCCUGCUGUGCAGUCGUCCAUUUUAGAUCAGAUCAGACAGAAACUGGAGGAAAAAGGCAUGUUGGAGAACACCACAGUGACCUGGAAGGUGCAGCCAGAUGGAAACAUCUUCCACUAGAAAAAGGAUGAUCUGUAACGUCUAAACGCUCACCUUCAAGUCGAGCAGAUUCCAAACUGACUGAAAUGUUAUUUAACCUACAACAUUUAAGCUUUAAUCAGUAGGCAGUGUCAGAGGACAAGAUUAGCCAGAAGUAGAGGAAUAAACGUAUUUAAUUGCUCUGAUUGGAACACGCCCACUUUGACUUUGCAACCGAAAUUUUAAAGUCAGAUUUCACUGCAACUUUUUAAUAUUGAACAUGUUCAGCUUUUGCUGCAAGAGGCCACUGAACACAGUGAUGAGGAGAAAGUCAGAGAGGGUAUGUUCAAUACUGGGUUUAAUGCAUCAGUGUGUUGUAGUAAAGAAUAAUUCUUAUAUAGAAUAUAGUGAAUGUAACAGAAGCUGUAAAUACACUGUGUGUACUCUGAACAGUCAUAUAUAAUGCACUUGCCACUAUUACUGUCAUUUAUUUCUUCCACAUCUACAGUUAUAAAUAUAUACUCAUUUCUUGUAUUGUUUCUAUUUUCUGUAUCUAAAGGCAUUAAUAAUAUACAUUAAUAUCAUCAAUAAACAAUUUUAAAUAUAAACCUCUUGUAACUAUUUCGUAGUCAGAAUUCAGAAAGGUGUUCUAUAAAAUGUAAUUCUACAGAUAGUAUGAACUGCAAUACUUACAUUGACCAGAAGUCGGCAGUAGAACAAUCAGUAACACAAACAAAACUGGAGGUGCUACAGAUC